AUGCUGCCCACCCCCUUCUCGGUGAAGGACAUCCUCAACCUGGAGCGGCCGGGAGCUGCCGGGGGACCCCGCGCCCCCCCCGGCCCCCGGGCUGCCCGCAGCCCCGCCGGGGAGGACGAGCCGCCGCCGCCGCGAAAAUGUUUGCUCGCCCACCCCUUCCAGGCAGACGAGAAGAAAGCCGACCCCUGCCACCAUCCCAAGCAGCGACAGCGGAGAAAACCCCGAGUUCUAUUCUCCCAAGCUCAGGUGUUUGAACUGGAGCAACGAUUUAAGCAACAGAAAUACCUCUCCGCUCCGGAAAGGGAGCACCUCGCCAGCGUGCUCAAGCUCACCUCCACGCAGGUGAAAAUCUGGUUCCAAAACCGGCGGUACAAGUGCAAGAGGCAAAGGCAGGAUAAAUCCCUGGAGCUGGCUGCCCACCCGCUGCCCCCGCGGAGGGUGGCAGUGCCUGUGCUGGUCAGGGACGGCAAACCCUGUCUCAGGGGCUCCCAGCCUUACCCAGCCCCAUACAGCAUCCCCGCCAGCCCUUACACCUAUAGCUCUUACUACAGUGCCUAUAGCAGCAGCCCGUAUGGUGCUAGCUACGGGGGGGGCUACGCCGGGGUGCCCCCCAACACCGCCCCGGGCAGCCCCGCUGUGAACGUGGGUUUGGGCAUGGCCAGCGCUGCUCAGCACCAGCCCGCGUGCUUGCAAUCCACUGUGCAAGCGGGGAUCAGGGCUUGGUAG